UUCGUCGCAACGAGGAAGAGGACACACCCACAAUACAUCAAUUUUGUGACUAAUAAACACGUCUUCCUCAUUAGCUAAAUCUUCUCGUAAACCCCGCACGCCUCCGUGGAAACUUUAAAGGUGACAAGAUGAAUCAAGAAAAAUUGGUCAAACUUCAGGCCCAAGUGCGGAUCGGAGGAAAGGGUUCCGCACGCAGAAAGAAGAAGGUUCUACACAGAACCGCCACAGCGGACGACAAAAAGCUCCAGAGUUCCUUAAAGAAGUUGGCCGUCAACAACAUUGCAGGGAUUGAGGAGGUCAACAUGAUCAAGGACGACGGGACGGUGAUCCACUUCAACAACCCCAAGGUGCAGGCCUCCCUAUCGGCCAACACGUUUGCCGUCACGGGCCACGCCGAGACCAAGCAGCUGACCGAGAUGCUGCCUGGCAUCCUCAGCCAGCUGGGAGCAGACAGCCUGAGCAGCCUGCGCAAGCUGGCCGAGCAGUUCCCGCGCCAAGCACUUGACAGAAAAGCUCCAAAAGUAGAAGACAUUGAGGAAGAGGAUGAUGAUGUUCCAGAUUUGGUGGAGAACUUUGACGAAGCAUCCAAGAAUGAAGCCACCUGACUGCGAUGAAACCAGAAACACUCUGCGAUGUUUUCACUUCGACUAUUCAGACAUAUCAGAAUGGGCACACACAAACACGCACACACACAACAAGAGACUUUUCUUUACACGGAUGUCCAAGCUGGCUAACUGGCUUUUAAAACGAAACAUGAGCUUCAGUUGUUGCCACAUUUUUGGUUGUUUUAAAUGUCUUAAUUGUUUUGUUUGUUUUAUGAAGUAAAAUAAAGAGGAUUAACAUUUUUACAGGCCGCUAUCAUCAUCAUUACCAAAUGAAGAAUCAAAAAGGAUUCAUAACAGUAUGGCUGCAGCAUUAGGUACAGCCACACAAAUACGUUUUGUAGUAAGGUCCUGCAUCACACUCUUAAGUGUUUGGAGUUACAUAACAUAUUUGCAGGAAUUUUUAUUUUGCACUAAUUUGCCAUUACUUUAUCAAUAUACAGAUUACAAUGCAAUUUAACUCUGCGCCAGCCACUCUUGUGACUUGUAUAAUGUGUCCAAACAGGAUUUAUUAAAAAAAAAAAAAAAAGUCAGCAUGUAUUCAUCCGCUUUGCUUAUGUUUCUGCGUAAGUCUACAGUCAUUGGCUCAUUUUUCAGGUCCCUGUUGGAGAUGUCCAACCUUAGUAUAAGUGGCAACAGCUCAAACGCACGUAAUGAGAAUUAAAUUGUAAAAAAAACUAAAUAAAUCUUUCCUAGACCAAAAAGAUGUAUUUUGUCCCCAACGAAAAAGUUGCAAUCUUACAAAAAUGUGAAUUUCUCAAAGAUAUCUGAUAUUGAAGUCAAAAGUUAAAUGAGGGAAGAACUUUAUCUUAUACUAUUAUACCUUUUGUUCUGGCAAAAGGAACUUUUAUUCUCACCAAAUCUGACUGUUCUUAAAGUAUUAAGACAUUCUAAUUGGCCCAAAGCUAAAUUAGGGGGAGUAAUUAGUAUGUUUAUCUCCAUAUGUACAGUUGUCAAAAGUCUACACACCCUUGUUCAAAUGUCAGGUUUUUGUCAUUCAAAAAAUGGGACCAAGAUAAAUUAUUUUAAUAAUUUUUCCACCAUUAAUGUGAACUAAACCCUGCCCAACUCAUUAAAAAAAAUCUCCAAGGUGGAAAUAAGAAUAA